CGACCACAGCCUAAAACCCUUUCCCCUCUCUCUCCCUAAAGCCCUCCUCUCCUCCUGAAUUAGGGCUUUUCCCGCCUUUUCACUCUCUUCUCUACUGAAAGAGAGAGAGAGAGAGAGAGAGAGAGAGAGCAUUCUCUGAUUCUGGUUCUAGGGUUUCAUCAUUCAAUUCAACAAUGGUGUCCCCUAAGCUACUCCUUUCCACCAUCGAGUCUUCCCUCCUCGGCCCAGCCUCUCCUUCUCCCUCUCAAAGGAUCGAGCUCAUGCACGCCAUUCGCCACUCUCUCCCCUCUCUCCAAUCCCUCCUCUCUUACCCUCCUCCGAAACAGUCAGACCGUGCUCAAGUCCAGUCCAGAGAAGUCAGGCUUCCGGAUUCUUCCCCAAUUUCACUUGAUGAGCAGGAUGUUCAGAUUGCUUUGAAAUUGAGCGAUGAUCUCCACCUCAAUGAAAUAGACAGUGUGCGUUUGCUUGUUUCUGCCAAUCAAGAGUGGGGUUUAUUGGGACGAGAUCCAUUAGAAAUUUUGCGCCUUGCAGCAGGGCUUUGGUAUACAGAGAGAAGAGACCUAAUAACAGCACUUUACACAUUGUUAAGGGCUGUUGUUCUUGACCAGGGACUUGAAGCUGAUCUCGUGGCUGACAUUCAGAGAUAUCUGGAAGAUGUUAUGAAUGCUGGGCUUAGACAACGAAUCAUUUCUCUUAUAAAGGAACUUAAUCGAGAAGAACCAUCUGGUUUGGGUGGGCCUCACUCGGAUCGCUAUGUUCUCGAUUCAAGAGGUGCUCUUGUGGAACGGCGAGCGGUGGUUUGUAGAAGGCUGAUCCUUGGCCAUUGCCUUGUGCUUUCUAUUCUGGUUGUGCGGGCAAGUCCGAAAGAUGUAAAGGAUGUCUUUGCCCUUUUGAAAGAUAGUGCUGCUGAACUUAAUGGUAGCAACGAUACUCUAAAGCAUCAGAUUACAUACAGCCUUCUCUUUUCUGUUGUUAUUGCUGUCAUAUCUGAUGCUUUGAGCGCAGCACCGGAUAAAAUGUCUGUCCUAUCUCGUGAUGCUUCUUUUAGGCAUGAAUUUCAGGAAACUGUGAUAGCUUCCGGGAGUGAUCCACUUGUUGAGGGCUUUGUUGAUUGUGUAAGGCUUGCAUGGGCUGUACAUUUAAUGCUAAUACAAGAUGGAGUUGAUGCGAGGGAGACUGUACCAAGUGCUUCAUCUAGUGAAUUGCAAUAUAUUUUCUCUUGCUUGGAAAUUAUUUUCUCAAACAAUGUGUUCCAGUUUUCCCUGGUUAAGAUACUUCGUACUGCAGCCUACCAGAAUGAUGAUGAGGACAUGAUCUAUAUGUACAAUGCAUAUCUGCACAAGCUGAUUACAUGCUUUCUCUCUCAUCCACUUGCUAGAGACAAGGUUAAAGAGACAAAAGAAAAGGCUAUGACUGUACUUAGCCCCUACCGCAUGGUUGGAUCACACGAUUAUAUGCAUGACAGUAGUGUGCAUUCUCAACAAGCCACUGAAACAUCCCCUCAAUCCUUUGUGUCUCUCUUGGAGUUUGUGAGUGAAAUUUAUCAGAAGGAACCAGAGUUGUUGUCUGGCAAUGAUGUCUUGUGGACAUUCGUAAAUUUUGCUGGACAAGACCACACUAACUUUCAAACUCUAGAGGCGUUUUUGAAAAUGCUGAGUACUUUGGCUUCUAGUCAAGAGGGAGCUUCAAAGGUUUUUGAGUUACUGCAGGGUAAAGCAUUCCGCUCUAUUGGGUGGAGCACUCUCUUUGAUUGUUUAUCAAUCUAUGAAGAGAAGUUCAAACAGUCUCUUCAAAGUGCUGGGGCCAUGUUACCUGAGUUUCAGGAGGGGGAUGCGAAAGCACUUGUCGCAUACUUGAACGUUCUGCAGAAGGUUGUGGAAAAUGGGAAUCCCAUUGAAAGGAAGAACUGGUUUCCUGAUAUUGAGCCAUUAUUCAAGCUCCUCAGUUAUGAAAAUGUGCCUCCUUAUCUGAAGGGUGCUUUGCGUAAUGUUAUAGCUACACUCGUUCGAGUUUCUCCAAACUUAAAAGAUACUAUUUGGAGUUACGUUGAGCAGUAUGAUCUUCCAGUAGUUGUUGGGCCUCAUAUUGGGGGUAGCUCACAGCCAUUGACAGCUCAGGUUUAUGAUAUGAGAUUUGAGUUAAAUGAAGUUGAAGCAAGAAGAGAACAAUACCCCUCAACCAUAUCUUUCCUCAACUUGUUAAAUGCUCUUAUUGCUGAAGAAAGGGAUGUCAGCGAUAGAGGGCGUAGAUUCAUUGGAAUAUUUAGGUUCAUAUCUGAUCAUGUGUUUGGGCCCUUCCCGCAAAGAGCCUAUGCAGACCCUUGUGAGAAAUGGCAGUUGGUUGUUGCUUGUCUCCAACAUUUCCGAAUGAUAUUGAGCAUGUAUGACAUUGAGGAUGAGGAUGUUGACAGCGUGGUUGACCAAUCACAACUCUCAGCUGUGGCACAAUCUGCUCCACUUCAAAUGCAACUCCCUGUCAUAGAGUUAAUUAAAGAUUUUAUGAGUGGCAAAACUGUUUUUCGAAAUAUCAUGGGUAUUCUCUUGCCAGGAGUUAAUUCCAUCAUAGCUGAACGUACUAAUCAAAUUUACGGGCAACUACUAGAAAAGGCCGUACUGCUUUGUUUGGAAAUUAUAAUCUUGGUAUUGGAGAAGGACUCAACCGUUUCUGAUUUCUGGCGCCCUCUUUACCAGCCUUUGGAUGUCAUCCUCUCUCAAGAUCAGAAUCAAAUUGUGGCUCUUUUGGAAUAUGUCAGAUAUGAUUUUCAGCCGCAAAUUCAGCAAUGCUCUAUCAAAAUUAUGAGCAUUCUAAGUUCUCGUAUGGUUGGGCUUGUACAGUUGCUGUUAAAAUCCAAUGCUGCAAGCUCUUUGACUGAGGAUUAUGCUGCCUGCCUGGAGCUACGAUCUGAAGAAAGUCAGAUAAUAGAGAACAGCAGUGAUGAUCCUGGCGUUCUCAUAUUGCAGCUGCUUAUUGACAAUAUUAGUCGGCCCACUCCAAAUAUUGCACAUUUAUUACUCAAGUUUGAUCUGGACUCCCCGGUAGAAAGGACAUUGCUACAGCCUAAAUUUCAUUACAGUUGCUUGAAGGUUAUUCUCGAUGUUCUUGAAAAGCUUUUAAAGCCCGAUAUCAAUGCCUUGCUUCAUGAAUUUGGUUUUCAGCUUCUUCAUGAGUUAUGCUCGGAUCCACUAACAUGUGGACCUACCAUGGAUCUGUUGAGCAGCAAAAAAUAUCAAUUCUUUGUAAAGCACCUGGAGACAGUUGGAGUUGCUCCACUUCCAAAAAGAAAUAGCACCCAGGUGCUUCGCAUCAGCUCCCUCCAUCAGAGAGCUUGGCUAUUGAAGCUUUUGGCUAUUGAGUUACACACUGGUGAUACGGCUUGUUCCAGCCAUCGGGAAGCAUGCCAAAGUAUUCUUGCUCAUAUUUUUGGGCAGGACGUCAUUGAGUAUGGCACCGAUUUUAAUACUUCUCACUCAUUUCUCCUUCAAAAUAGUGCUGAUGGUGUGGGAACCAGAACAAUCAGUAAGAGUAAGGUGUUAGAAUUGCUCGAAGUUGUCCAGUUCAGGUCUCCGGAUACCAGUAUGAAGUAUUCUCAGGCUGUUUCUAAUAUGAAAUUUGGGUUUCUGGCUGAGGAUAUACUCAGGAAUCCAGCAACUUCUGCAAAGGGAGGUAUUUAUUACUAUUCAGAGCGUGGUGAUCGUUUAGUUGACCUUGCCGCAUUCCGUGACAAACUUUGGCAGAAAUGCAACAACAUUAAUCCCCAACUGAGCUCUUUUGGCAGUGAAGUUGAGCUCAAUGAAGUAAGCGAUACAAUUCAACAAUUAUUACGAUGGGGAUGGAAGUAUAAUAAGAACCUCGAAGAACAAGCUGCCCAACUUCAUAUGUUAACUGGUUGGUCCCAGAUUGUUGAGGUCUCUGCAUCCAGAAGAAUAUCAUCUCUUGAAAAUCGAUCAGAAAUUUUGUUUCAGUUGCUUGAUGCCUCUUUGAGUGCUUCAGCUUCUCCAGACUGUUCCCUGAAGAUGGCAAUAAUAUUGACCCAGGUUGCUCUUACAUGCAUGGCCAAACUACGCGACGAAAGAUUUUUGUGCCCUGGAAGUUUAAACUCUGACACUGUGACAUGUCUUGAUAUUAUCAUGGCUAAACAAUUGUCAAAUGGAGCCUGUAACUCGAUUUUGUUCAAGCUUAUCAUGGCGAUCCUUAGAAAUGAAUCAUCAGAAACAUUGAGGAGACGUCAAUAUGCCUUGCUUCUUAGUUACUUCCAGUACUGUCAGCAUAUGCUUGAUCCAGAUGUUCCGAUGUCAGUUCUGCAGUUCUUGUUGCUCAAUGAUCAAAACACUGAGGAUCUGGACCUCCAGAAGGUUGACAAAGAGCAGGCAGAAUUAGCUCGAGCCAAUUUUUUUAUUCUAAAGAAAGAUGCUCAAGCAAUUCUAGAUUUGGUUAUAAAGGAUGUUACUCAAGGCAGUGAAUCUGGAAAGACAAUAUCACUUUAUGUCCUGGAUGCAUUGAUUUGUAUUGAUUAUGAGAAGUACUUCUUAAGCCAACUUCAAAGUAGAGGUUUCCUAAGGUCUUGCUUUAUGAGCAUCAGCAAUCUUUCUUACCAGGAUGGUGGGCGAUCAUUGGAUUCAUUGCAGCGAGCUUGUACUCUUGAGGCAGAACUUGCUCUAUUGUUGAGAAUUAGCCACAAAUAUGGGAAAUCAGGUGCCCAGGUUCUAUUUUCUAUGGAUGCUUUGGAACAUAUUGCGUCAUGCAGGGCAGUCAAUAUGCAGAUUAAGGGAAGUCUAAGGCGGGUUGAUGCUAAGUUUGGGAGAGAUUUAUCUGUGGAUGUUGAUAAACGACGAAUGAUCAUAGCUCCAAUUUUGAGAUUAGUGUUUUCUCUGACUUCAUUGAUUGAUGCAUCUGAUUUCUUCGAGGUGAAGAAUAAAAUUGUUCGUGAAGUAAUAGAUUUUAUCAAAGGGCAUCAAUUUCUCUUUGAUCAAGUUCUUCGGGAAGAUGUUUCUGAAACUUCCGAUGAAUUGACUCUGGAGCAGUUAAAUCUUGUUGUUGGUAUACUUAGCAAGGUUUGGCCAUAUGAAGAGAGUGUCGAAUAUGGUUUCGUUCAAGGUCUCUUUGGGAUGAUGUGUGCUAUUUUCUCACGUGAUUUAGAAUCUCUUACUUUCACACAAUCUGUACAGACUCUAGAGAAUCAGCGGAGGUCGGAGCUGAACACAUUUUGUCUUUGCUUUAGCCUGAGCUCUUACCUAUAUUUUCUGGUCACAAAGAAAACCUUAAGACUACAGGUUUCAGAUAGUCUCCCAGAUUAUCAAGCACCUGCUGUGCAGAAGCUGCCCACACUUACUUUACUUGGUUCUCUUCUUAAUUCUGUGACAACUGCUCUUGAAAGAGCUGCCGAGGAAAAAUCUUUAUUGCUUAACAAGAUUCAAGACAUAAAUGAACUGUCAAGACAAGAGGUGGAUGAUAUAAUCAAUAUGUGUGUUCAGCAAGAUCGUGUUUCUUCAUCUGACAAUAUACAGAAAAGGAGGUAUGUUGCAAUGGUGGAAAUGUGCCACAUUGCUGGAAAUAGGGAUCGACUUAUUACUUUACUACUACUGCUUGCAGAGAAUGUACUGAACAUUAUCGUUAUCCAUUUCCAGGAUGGUUCGUAUCAACGUGAUACAGGUACAUCAAUGAAAAUGAUUACGUACAGCACCAAGCCUGAUACUGUGGAGGAUAUACCUUUGCUGUGCGGAAAGUUAAUUCCAACUUUAGAAAGACUUGAGUUGCUGAGUGAGGACAAAACAGGUCAUGACCUGAAGGUUUUCCACAGACUAGUGAAUUCACUCAAGGAAAUUACAAUUCAAAAGUUAGCAUCAUGAAAUGCAAAGAGUGUUUUUACGUGGACCAGUGCAAAUUGUUUUCACAUGACUUGAGUCAAUUCCAGGCCGUCGUUAAUAUAGUCAUGUUGUCCCCUGGAUGGUGUGCUUCUGCUCAUCUUGUAUGUAAAAUGUGUAAAAUGUUUUUGUAUUCUUAUUUAUGAGUAGUUGCAGCUUUCAUUCCAAAUUCCUGGUUAGCCGAUCUCCCUUGAUUUUACAAGACUCUUUGACUUUACAAUUUAUAUAUCUUUUUGGUUUCUGAGGUUUUCGUGGCUACUAAACUGUAGUUCAUGGGAGCAUAUUGAAUAAGAACCGAGACUGCGAUGAGAAUUAGUAUGCAAUAGGCAAGUCUGAAUGAGGAAACCAUUUUGUAAGUACAGAUUAAUUUUAAGUUUUCAUUUAACUUUAGACUAUGUCUGAAUGAUAGGAUUAUAUCUUAAGGGGAAUGAGAUGCACUGUGAUUCCACUGUUUCGAUGA